GACGAGAUAAGCAAAAUUCUACUUGCUAGAAUCAUACCGGCUGCAUAAUUCAACAGAUCUGGCUACUUUCUCACCAUUUUAGUACUUUUCGAUUCGCUUCUCCUUGUGAUCUGUUCCAACACAAGCAGAAACUCUCCUCAUUCGACAUCCAGUAUUUCGACGUAGAUUAUGGACCCCAGCAAAGGAACACCCAGAGAACCUCAAGUCGAAGCCAGUCCGGCCCUCCAGGCAUACUAUGGCACUUUCGAAUCACGUGUCGUCUACCAGAUUGUAUUGGAAGGCAACCAUCACUUUGGCUACUACGAAAAGGAUACUUAUUGGCCAUUUCCAAUUGGUCCAAGUCUUCGGCGCAUGAAAGAUAAAGUGCUGGGCUUGCUGGAGCUUCCAACGGGCUCAAAACUCCUUGAUGCGGGGUGUGGCAAUGGUCAUACCGCAUUAUACAUGGCCCAGCAUGGCAUGCAUGUCACGGGCAUAGAUGUUAUCGACCACAUGCUUGAUGAGGCUCAGCAGAAAGUAAAGCGUGCUAGCGACUCCGACGGGCAAUUGGUCAUACGAAAACUCGAUUUCCAUCAUCUGCAAUCAAUAUCCCGCGAAUAUUUCGAUGGCAUAUAUACUUUACAAUCCUUUGGCCAUGCUACAGAUCCGGAGAAAGUUUUAGCUGGAUUCCUACGAAUCCUAAAACCAGGGGGAAGGAUAGUACUGGUGGAAACCGAGCCUCGCAGGGAUUUUGAUGCAGAUGUCGCAGAUGACGAGCUUGAUGAACAGUUGAAGCUUGUCAGUCGGUAUACUGUUCUUCCAGUGAACGACAUGUCCAGAGAGGGAUAUUUUCAAGCCCUUCUUGAGAGCGCUGGAUUUGUGGACGUGAAAGUAUGUGACUGGUCAGAGAAUAUCAAGCCUAUCUUACGCCUAUUUUAUGCUUUUGCAUGGCUGCCUUUCUUUUUCGUUCGACUUUUUCAUCUUGAAAAGCGGUAUGUCAACAUGGUUGCUGGCACGGCUGGAUAUCUUGGCCUCCCAAAGAGAUGGAGGUUUCUCGCCAUCAGCGCCUCGAAACCUAAGGAUGUAUGUGUUUGAAAAUAUUUGGCAGAAUGCGGACCUUUGCAUCGUAUGUAGACGAGUCAAUGGUCAAAUGAAAUUCG